CCAACGCACGGAUCUUCAAGUUCAAGGAACUGAGGACAACAACCACCAUGCGUCGAUGCACGUAAAGGACAAAAAUGAAGACAUCUCGCAGACCCUAGCUAACGAGAAGAGUUGCCCAUCAUGAUGUCAGAGGAGACGAGCUCGAAAUUUCAUAUAGUCAUGUUUCCAUGGUUCGCAGUUGGUCACAUGACCCCAUUCCUCCACCUCUCCAACGAACUCGCCAAGAGGGGCCACAAAAUCUCCUUCUUGCUGCCCAGGAAAGCCCUGAUUCUCUUGGAAGACCUCAAUCUACACCCCGACCUCAUCACCUUCCACCCGGUCACCGUCCCCUCGGUCGCCACCCUUCCUCCGGGGACUGAAACCGCCUCCGAAAUCACCAUCUCCGACACUCCCUUGCUCGCCGCUGCCAUGGACCUCACCCGCCCCCAGUUGGAGGUCUCGCUGCAGGCCAUGCGGCCCGACUUUGUCUUCUACGACACUGCCCACUGGAUCCCCCAAGUGGCCAGGCCGCUCGGCAUCAGGACAGUCUGCUACAAUGUUGUUUCCGCUGCCGCGAUCGCCAUCGUCCUCGUGCCAGCCCGCGAGGUGACCCUGGGGAAGCCGCUCACGGAGGAAGAGCUGGCGAAGCCACCCGAAGGGUACCCAUCGGAGACUGUCGUGCUGCGCGGCAGCGAAGCCCGAUCCCUCAUGUUCGUAUCCCUGCCUUUCGGCGACAACAUCACGUUCCACGGCCGCACCACGACCGCCAUGCGAGAGUGCGACGCAAUCGCCAUUCGGACGUGCCAAGAGAUAGAAAGGGACUUGUGUGCCUACAUCGGCAGUCAAUACGGUAAGCCUGUCUUCUUGACUGGCCCAGUCUUGCCUGAGCCGGCGGCGACGAAGACGCUGGACGAGAAGUGGGCCGAGUGGCUCGGCCGGUUCAAGCCAGGGUCCGUCGUGUUCUGCGCGUUCGGGAGCCAGCACGUUCUCGAAAAGGGCCAGUUCCAAGAACUCCUGCUAGGGCUCGAGUCAACAGGCUUGCCAUUUCUGGUAGCUCUCAGACCACCGGUUGGCACAAACUCAGUAGAAGAAGCUUUUCCCGAGGGUUUCGAAGAGCGGGUCCAAGGGAGAGGAAUCGUUCACGGCGGUUGGGUCCAACAGCCACUGAUCUUGACCCACCCGUCGGUCGGGUGCUUCGUGAGCCACUGCGGGUUCGGGUCGAUGUGGGAGUCGCUGAUGUGCGACUGCCAAAUAGUGAUGGUCCCGCACCUGGGCGACCAGAUCUUGAACACGAGGCUGCUGGCCGAGGAGCUGAGAGUGGGGAUCGAAGUGGAGAGAGACGAGAGCGGGUGGUUCUCCAAGGAGAGCCUGUGCAGAGCCAUCAAGAGCGUGAUAAAUGAAGAGAGCGAAGUGGGUCAGCUGGUGAAGGAGAACCAUGCGAAGUGGAGAGAGGUUCUGGUGAGCCCCAACUUCAUCAGCGGCUACAUCGAUAGGUUUAUUCAGAAUCUGCAAGAGCUUCAAACGGAAAAAAAAAUUAGAGGUGUCGAUGUAGGGAGAUCCUGAAAGGCAAAGAUGAGCGAAUGCGAAAUGGCCUUUCAAAUUAAGUUGAAGAGUGCUGUUGCUAAAGAAGUGAUAUUUUGAUCUACAUGAUCUUUAGAGUGAUUUUUUUUUUCCUACAUGGAAAGAGAUUGUCCUUCCUAACUUU